CCCGCCUACGCGCAUGCGCCGCGCCCGCCCGCGCAUGCGCCGCGUCCGCCGGCCGGGGUAGCGCGGGUAUGGCGCAGACGGGCCGGGCCAGCCUGAAGGAGCAGCGCUACGACCGGCAGCUCAGGUUGUGGGGUGACCAUGGACAAGAAGCUUUAGAAUCUGCACACGUUUGUGUGAUAAAUGCAACAGCGACAGGAACCGAAAUACUCAAAAACUUAGUGCUGCCAGGUAUCGGUUCAUUUACAAUUGUCGAUGGGAAUCUGGUCUCUGGAGAAGACGUUGGAAAUAAUUUCUUUCUACAAAAAAGCCAUAUUGGUCAGAAUCGUGCCCAGAGUGCCACUGAGCUCUUGCAAGAAUUGAAUAAUGAUGUUUCUGGAAACUUUGUUGAAGAGAGCCCAGAAAAACUUCUAGACAAUGACCCUUCCUUUUUUAAUCGGUUUAACUUGGUGGUUGCAACACAACUACCAGAAAGUACGUUGCUGCGCUUGGCUGAACUUCUCUGGGAUUCUAACAUUCCUCUGCUGGUCUGCAGGACUUAUGGACUGGUUGGUUACAUGAGAGUCAUUAUUAAAGAACAUACAGUUGUUGAAUCGCAUCCUGACAAUAUGUUAGAAGAUCUGAGACUGGACAAACCAUUUCCAGAGCUGAGGGAACAUGUUCAGUCUUAUGACUUGGAUCAUAUGGACAGGAAGGACCAUAGCCACACUCCAUGGAUUGUGAUCGUAGCCAAGUAUCUAACAAAAUGGUUCAACGAGAAAAGCGAUCAGUUGCCUAAGAGUUACAAAGAAAAAGAAGCCUUCAGACAACUGAUUCGGCAAGGUAUCUUAAAGAAUGAAAAUGGAACCCCAGAAGAUGAGGAAAACUUUGAAGAAGCUAUAAAAAAUGUGAACACAGCAUUAAAUACCACAGAGAUUCCAAGAUGCAUUGUAGAGAUUUUUAAUGAUGAUUGCUGCAUAAAUCUCACAGAGCAGUCGCCCUCCUUCUGGAUUUUGGCUCGAGCUGUGAAGGAAUUUGUGGCAAAUGAGGGGCAAGGAAGCUUGCCUGUCCGGGGCACUAUUCCUGAUAUGAUAGCGGACUCCAAUAAAUUUAUCAAGUUGCAAAAUGUAUACCGUGAAAAAGCAAAGAGGGAUAUUGCUGCUGUGGGUAACCAUGCUGCUAAAUUGUUACAGUCCCUAGGCAAGGCACCCGAAUCUAUUUCAGAGAGAGAAUUAAAAUUGUUUUGCAGCAACUCAGCUUUUCUCCGAGUAGUACGAUGUAGAUCUCUGUCUGAAGAAUAUGGUUUAAACACUUUUAACAAGGAUGAAAUUAUUUCCCAUAUGGAUAACCCCGACAGUGAAUUGGUGCUGUACUUGAUGCUGCGGGCUGUGGAUAGAUUUUAUAAGCAGCAUGGUAGAUAUCCAGGUGUCUACAACUAUCAGGUAGAAGAUGAUAUUGGAAAACUAAAAUCAUGCCUUACUGGUUUCUUACAAGAACAUGGGUUGUCUGUAGUGGUGAAAGAUGACUAUGUUCAUGAGUUUUGUCGCUACGGAGCUGCUGAGCCACAUGCUAUUGCUGCCUUCAUGGGAGGAGCUGCUGCACAGGAGGUUAUCAAAGUCAUUACAGGGCAGUUUGUUAUUUUUAACAACACCUACAUUUACAGUGGAAUGUCACAGACUUCAGCGACUUUCCAGCUGUAGGAGAACGAUCUCGCAUUUGUUGCCAGCAGGCGCAGUGUGCUGUAAAUACUGUGGUGUUCUGCCACUGACUGGACUGUUCUGUGAAUUAAAGUUCCUUUAUUUGUAAUGAUUUUAUCUUCUUUUUUUUCUUUUUCCACCCUGAGGACAAAUAAAAUCAUACCAAAUCCUGAAAAUUCUUUUUUAAAUGUAGAUUUUUCUGAUUUGCCUUUCAAAGAAAAAAACAGCAGCUGUUCUUUGGCAUGGUAAGUUGCUUUUACAAAUUGGCUUACCUGGUUUGCAGCAGAGCUGGAUUUAUUUUUUUCAUAAAAGCUGCUCUUCAGAUUGAGGCAGGGAGGACUCGUGAAACGUUGAUGGUCUGAGGAUCGAACUGUCAGAAGCACUAGGGAAAGCUGUAAUACCUUUUACUGAGUUCAAGGACAUUAGGGAGAGGGGUUGUGUGCUGGAAAACUUGGUUCUUUCGUCUCUAUUUGUCUAGUCAAAGGUUCUUUUUCCUGCAGCAGUUUCCAAAGGCAGUGUAUGGAAGCUAGCGGCACUGUACACCCGGCGGUUGCCCCGGGCCGGGCCAGGCGGAGGCCGGCAGCGCCGCCGGUGCCUGAGGUAGCGGCCCGGGGCGGCGGCCGCGUCCUGAGGGGCCGGGGCGGGGCGAAGGGCGGGAAGGGCGCGCGGCUGAGGGCUCUCCUCAGGCCGGCGAGGGUGAGCAGAACCGCUGCCGCCGCCGGCUCAACAGGUACCUAAUCCCUGCCCUGUUUCCCGUCCUCCUGGUAUUCUCCACCUCUCCCGAAAGCUGGACGAAGAAUGCUUUUGCUGGGCCCUUUUUUUUUUUUUGUAAAUCUUAUACGUUCUUUCAUUUUUAUACUUGGGAUGAUCUGGAGUACUUGUUAAGACUUCAAAGUGGUGCUUGAUAAUGAGCUGCAAAUCCUACGUGGCUCACCUGAGAGGGAGGAGGGAUGGGGUGAAUGCUGAAAUAGCACUGGAAGGCUUCAAAGGUCUGUUACACGGAACAGAGUUCCUCAAAAGUUAGCGGAUGCACCCUGAGCUGCUGGGUGAAUAUUGAUUUCAGUAGGACACCAACAAUCCAGACUUCUUCCACUGUGCAGGACUUGACUGCUGGGUUUUAAAAAAGAAAAAAACCUGGCUGUUUCUAGCCCAGUGUGGCUGCGCAGGGCAAGGCCAUCAGCCCCAGCCCUGACUGACUGGGAUGUUCCCAUCAGCCUCCACAACCUGUGCUAACCCCCUGUGUCUGCCUGUCUUCGAGCCCUAGGCUCUAACGCUGGUGAACAAACAGAUGAAUACAUCGCUCCUUUUUUUAAGAGUGUUUUUUGAGGUUUGAAGGGAUGUUACUGGGUUAUUUUCCGUAACUGAUGGGGAAGAGGUAAUCUGUUUUCUUUUAUAAGCAAUGGUUGUCAGAAGUCUGUUGCAGCAAAUCCUGUUACUUAUGUUUUCAUCUGUGAUGCAACAACAAGAGUUGAGCUAUUAGCAUUUUAAUGUCAACUGGCUUAUAAAUAUUAAUUUGUGUACCUUCUGUAUGUUGCAAAAGAAAAUGAUCCAGUUAAGGCCAAGACAUAUCUUUCUGUAGCGUUUAAAAAAAUUGCGUUGCUUCCGUUAAAGGCUCUUUAAUUGUAUAAAUGUGUAUUUAAUUAAACUUUACUGAAAUGAAAUUAGCUCCAAAGUAAGCUCAUUUUUACAGCCUUUCUUUUGUUAAGGAAUACGUAGGUAGCUUUUGUUUUCUCUUAGGCUUAGGAAGAGGAACUCUUUUUAAACUUUCCCUCUCAAAACACAUGCUUCACCAAUGCUACUGUAAGGAUGUAUAUGGAGCAUUUGGACUAAUGGAAGCAGCAAAGAAAUGGGGACAAUCGGUAACUCUAAAUGGAAAGCAGGGCUGUCUGUCUUCAUUAAGAUGACAGUGAUAUUUCUCAGAGCCUUUGCUCUACUUUGAGAAGGAUAACUAAUCCAUUAUUAAGCUGGAUUUAUCACUGAUUUAAAGUUUCUACCUGGAGCUAAUAAUUUUUGAGAGAUUGAAAUAGGUUACUGUGGUGCUUGCAUCAACCUUUCUUUGUGUUUGGGACUUGGGGCAUGGGUAUGGGACCAUCUUUCUGCUUCCAAACCUUGAAUUUCACUCUGACAGCUCCUCAACUAGCUCUCAGAUGCCGGCGCAUUAGGUUUAUGUAGCAUCAAUGCUAGUAGUCUUCCUGGUUUCCGUGGUUCAUGUAAUGUGAUA